AUGUCUGACUCUGGCUCAAAUCCAAUAUCCUCAAGUUCUGAUUCAGGCUCAGACUCGGCGGAUGAAGAACGGCCUGUGGCUCCACCGGGUGUUAACGCUUCCAUCGAGCACUACCAAGAGUAUAUUAAAUACCUCCAGCUUCAACAAGGGUGGCUCCAGCAGCAGAAUAUGUCUCUGAAUGAGAGCAACAACAUUCUUGCUGUGCAACAGCUGAAACGUUCUUGCAAACGCCCAUCAUCCAGGGUACCAUCUGUAUCACAAGUAUCUGUAGCGCCAUCUGUGUCUUCUGCAUCCUCCGUCGUAGCUUCUGACUCAUUGAAGACGGGUGACAUCGACUCGGACAAGCUUAUUUUAAGCUUGGCCAAAAAGUAUGCACUCACUACCGAGAUGUUCCUCCCCGACAAGGUCAUUUUUCAAACAGACUGUCCUGAUCCUCUAGUCGAUUUCUCGAAUCCAAAUCGUUAUGCGAAGAGGUCUACAGAAAAGGAUGCACUUGUUGCUGAACUCUAUGCAUCCAUUGACCACGUGUUGCAUGCUCGGAUGCGAACAAAUCUGUUCUUCAACCAGUUUGGGAGCGGAAUGCAGCAAGCUCGCUCUUCAUUCCUAAACAGCCUGCGUACCAUUGCAGGUGGCAUCUUCAACAUGCCUAACGAAUAUUUUGUUUCCAAAUACGACCAUACUUCCCUCCGGCAGGUCACAGACUUGAUUGGAUGGGAAGCAGGCAAGGGAAAGAUGUAUGAUAUCUUCAAGGCACCAAUACUUUACCCUGACCACAUCGUGAAUGAGAAGAAAAUUUUCAAAAAUUGGAUCGUCAUCGCAAAGGUUAUCAAGGUUGCAAUAUGUGGAAAGAUGUCAUUGUAUUCCGAAGCGCGUGGCGGACCACCUUCCUAUGCCAAGAUAUGGAAGCUUACAAGCUGCACUCCUGGCCUGAUUGCAUUUGGCGUCACAUCAAUCAUAUUCAUCCUAUCUCCGGACCAGGAAUUUUCAGGCGAUGGAGUUGGUGCUAUUUCCUCGAUCGCAUAUCACUCCGUCUUUCAGACAGUCAAGAAAUUCUUCAUUGUAAAGUGGGCCCACCAGCGCAUCAAAUCUAUUGUCGACGAAAUCAAUGGAUAUGUCUUCGGUAGUACUGUAAAGAUGCAGCCAUCCGAUGACACUCAGUGUACUGUGGAGCGCGUUGUAGGGAUUCAUUUCUGGUUGGGCUUGUAG